GGUUUAUUUUUCUUUGUAACCAUAAGUUUGAUUGUCAAAACUGUGCCUUUAGUAAAAUGCUUACUAUAAAAUGCGUAGUUGUGGGGGACGGCGCUGUGGGGAAAACAUCAUUACUUAUUUCGUAUACAACCAAUAAAUUCCCUCACGAUUAUGUGCCUACUGUUUUCGAUAACUAUGCGGUUACUGUUAUGAUCGACGGAGAACCGUAUACUCUCGGCCUUUUUGAUACUGCAGGACAGGAAGACUACGAUAAGCUUCGGCCCCUCUCAUAUCCUCAAACGGAUGUAUUUCUCAUAUGUUUUUCUGUAGUGAUUCCUUCAAGUUUUGCUAACAUCAAAGAGAAAUGGGUUCCUGAAAUCUCUCAUUAUUUUUCGAAAGUUCCUCCUUUUUUGUUGGUGGGAACACAAGUGGAUUUGCGAGAAAAUCCCUCUUUCGUUGAAAAUAUGGCUAAAAAUAGGGAAAGGCCCAUUGAAACUUCUGAAGGGGAAAGAUUGGCUAAAGAAUUAAAAGCAGUGAAAUAUGUAGAAUGUUCAGCGUACACCCAGAGAAAUCUUAAAACAGUGUUUGAUGAAACUAUUUUAGCGGCUUUGAAUCCCACUCCUGAAAAGGAAAAGAAAAAAUGCGUUCUUUUGUAAAUCUCGAAAACUCUUUUUUUGGAAUUGCAAAUAUAAUCGCUAGAAGAGGCUGUGUAACCAUCUUACGGAAUCGGCAAUAGAAUUUAUAUAGCCAAC